AUGAACAACCAAACAAUAAAUCUGAACAAAAUUACAAUUACGACUCAAGCGACCCAUGCGGACCAGAACACUAAAUAUUAUUUUCUGGAGAAGGCUUACUUGAGAACGGCUUUGGAACAAAAAAAUAAAAAACAUCAACCUUUAAAAGUCUUCCCCUUUAAAUAUUACAGCGCUGAUAUCGUUAAAGAUGAUCAACCAGGACCAAGCAAAACCAGCCAACAUGGUCGGAUACAUCAUCAAAAAAUCAACAUAGAUGAAACAACUUACGAGAAACCGAUUUAUUGCAGUAGAAUAACCGUUAAUCUCAAGCAAAGAAAGUCUUCAGUCUUGAGAGAAAAAAGGAAAAUUACAGUUAUACCCCAAGAAGAGUUGACAGCGAAAACAACGAAGUUCAGACUCAAUGAUCUUAUGAAAUGA